AUGACCGACCCGCGGAAGCGCCGGCGCUCUUCUUCGCGCUCUCGUUCCGCGAGCAAACGACCAGCGGCAGAGCUCAGCGGCGAACAGCGUCAGGAAGCAGAGCGCAUUGCGGCCAUUGCCCAACGAGCAGAAGAGCGCGCGGCGCAGCGCACGAGUGAGCGUCGAGCGACGCGCGAGGACGACGCAACUGCGACUUCUGCUGCUGUGGGCACGCGGAAGCUGCCGCUGAGGAUCGGAGAAGCGGCUCGAGCGCUGCAGGAGCCUCUGGCGAAGCCGACGUUCCUCUCGAAAGCGCAGCGACAGCAGUUGGCGCUUGAGCAGCUCGAGAAGAAGCGGCAGGAGGUGGAGAAGCAGCGGACAGAGGCAGAAGCCGCUCGACGCCACUUUCUCCAGCGUCAACGGACUGAACGGGAGCAGGAACGGGCGCGCGCCACGCGGUCUCGUGGCGACGGUUCGAGUCGAGACGACCGCACGAGGACGAGCGCGAGAAACGCGCGGCAGGGCGCAGUCGUGACUGCGGAUGCAGCGCGCAGCAGAGACGAAGCGGCGUCGGCGUUGCUGGACCCGAGCGAAGCAAAGGCCCUGCAAGCGCUGAAGGAUCAGUACUUGGGCAAGACCGUCAAGAAGAAGAAAGUGGUUAAGGCGAGCGAGAAGUUUUCCAAGAUCUUCCAGUUUGAGUGGGAGGCGUCCGAGGACACGAGUGCGGAUUUGAACCCGUUGUAUGCGAAGCGCAUGGACGUGAACCUGCUGUUCGGACGAGGCUAUCGCGCUGGUGUGGACAUGCGUGAGCAGCGCAAGAAGAACUCGUUUCUAGAGGAGCUCAGCCAGAAGCGCCAGAAGGAACAGCAACUGGCCGAUGAGACCAACAGCAGUCUGACGAGCGCGCAGAUUGCCGCUCGAAAGCACGACCGCGAACGUGCUCUGCGCAGUAUGCAGUCUCGCGAGCGGGACCGCAUGCAGGAGAUGGCGUCGCGAGAAGCCAAGACAAUGGGCACGCACUGGUCGGAGAAACCGCUGCAGGAGAUGAAGGAGCGCGACUGGCGCAUUUUUCGUGAAGACUUUGACAUAACGCUGAAAGGCGGUCGGGCUCCCAAUCCUCUGCGCAAAUGGGACGAAGCCGGCGACGUUCUUCCCGAUGCUGUGUUCAAAGCGAUUGACGAGAUGGGCUUCAAGCGGCCGUCGCCUAUUCAGAUGCAAGCCAUUCCCAUCGGCCUGCAGAAGCGCGACAUCAUUGGCAUUGCUGAGACUGGUUCAGGCAAGACUGCUGCCUUUGUUAUCCCCAUCAUUGCGUACAUUUACUCGCUUCCAGCGACGAUGGUCGCGCGAACUGGCGAGCAAGGUCCGCUAGCGCUGGUCAUGGCACCCACCCGCGAGCUGGCUUUGCAGAUCGAGCAGGAAGCCAUCAAAUUGUGCAAGUACACGAGUGUGGGGCUGCCUGAAAAGCUGAGCCCCGUCAAGACGCUGUCCGUUGUUGGCGGACAAAGUAUUGAGGACCAGGGGUUUCGGCUCCGCGAGGGCGUGGAUGUUAUCAUCGGCACGCCCGGUCGGCUCAUGGACUGUCUGGAAAGCCACUACCUCGUGUUGAAUCAGUGCAAUUACGUCGUGCUGGACGAAGCGGAUCGCAUGAUUGACAUGGGUUUCGAGCCUCAAGUGGUGGCCGUGCUGGAAAACAUGGGCUCGCUGCUCAAGUCCGAGAACGAAGAGGAGAUGGAACAGCAGCUUACGCUUGCAAAUGGGGGCCAGGCAGGAGGAGAGCUGCAGCACCGCCUUCGCGUCACCACUAUGUUUAGUGCCACAAUGCCUGUCGAGGUGGAGCGGCUGGCAAAGACGUUCUUGCGGCAUCCUUCGAUCGUGAAAAUCGGUGACGAGGACUCUGGCAAGAACAAGCGGAUUGACCAGCGCGUGAUGUUCAUGAACGCGGGCAAGAAGCGCUCGAAACUGGUAGAUGUGCUGCGUGAUAUCCUCAGCACGCAAUCAGUCCCGAUGCCGCGAUCUCGGAAGGAGAAGGUUGUGGAUGGCGCCAAGAUCAUUGUGUUUGUCAACAUCAAGAAGGAAUGUGACUCGGUCGCCAAGUUCAUUUCGAACGAAGGGUUCCGCUGCACCAUCUUGCACGGUGGCAAGACGCAGGAUCAGCGCGAGGAAAGCCUCCGGAUGUUUCGCGAAGGCUAUUGUGACAUGCUCGUGGCAACGGACGUGGCGGGACGAGGGCUGGAUAUCCCAGACGUGACUCACGUUGUGAACUUUGACUUGCCGUCCAAGAUCCAGAAUUACUCGCACCGGAUCGGUCGUACUGGCCGUGCCGGUAAAGAUGGUGUAGCCAUCUCGUUUCUCACGGACAACGACGAAGAAAUCAUGUUUGACCUCAAGCAGUACCUCGUGUCCACGGAAAUGCCCGUGCCAAGCGAGCUCGCAAACCAUCCGUCUGCCAAGGCUGCUCCUGGUGCUCGCGACGAGAAGGGCAAUGUCAUUGCGCGGUCCAAACGCGACACGGUCAUUUACGCCAAGUAG